GGUUAUGUGGGUUACUACGGUUGGGUACGGUGAUCGGGCGUUUAAGACUCUGCCCGGAAGGUUGUUUACCAGUGCCUGGCUUCUGCUUUCCAAGCUGGCUGUUGCUAGAGCUUUUCUGUAUUUGGCUGAAGCAAGGGUUAACAAGAGGCAUAGGAGGAUUGCUGAGUGGGUGUUGCAGAGAGAUAUCACUAUUGAGGAUUUGCUAGCUGCUGACAUCAAUAACAACGGUUUUAUCAGUAAAUCGGAGUAUGUGAUCUACAAGCUCAAAGAAAUGGGAAAGAUUGGGGAGAAGGAUAUAUUGCAAAUAUGCGAUCAGUUCAGCAAGCUUGAUACUAAUAACUCAGGGAAAAUAACUCUUCCUGAUCUCUUAUUAGAAAAUCACUGGCGAAUCUGAGCAGACAAAGUUAAUUAUAUUCACUUGGCUGGAGAUUCUAGCCUCGUUCUUGGAAAUGGCCAUUGCAUGUAAAAUUGGGUAUUCAUUCAGGUUAGAAAUCCCAAUUCUAUGAUUUUUGUCGAGCUGUUGUGAUGUAAAAAAAAAAUGGAAUUGGCACGAGAGAAAAGGGCAACAAGAUGCUUCUGAUCUCAUUCAAAUUCGAAUUGUAAAAUCUUUGUUUCCUAUGUAUCCA